CGACCGGGCUCGGAGCGGGCGGCGGGAUUACUUUGAGAACGUCCCAAAGUAUCUUACAGGAAGUGAAGUACUUUUGAAAUCUAGUCACUGUGGCAAUGUCAGCACCAGCAAUUUAUGCACAUGAAGCUCCUACAAAACAGCUGUGUGAUAAUGACCAGGUCAUCUGUUGUUCUAACUGCAUGCAAGUUAAGCUCUGUCUGAAUUGGAAUGACUUGUGGAAGACUGACCUCGGUGAACAUGUCCAAGCUUCCGAGCAAAGACUCGUCCUUCCGCGAGCGAGUCAAAAGCAUUCUGGGCAUCGGCCCCCGCAUUAACACCAAGCAAGCGGAAUCCAAGCCAACAGAAUUCAUUAUCACAUUUGAAAUACUAAAGGAUCUGAACGUAGAGAGUGGACUUUACAAUAGAAUAAAAACCAUUGGACAUGUUUGUGAACUUGCUAGGACCAGGAAAUUUGAGGAGCAUGCGGUGGAGGCUGUGUGGCAGGCUGUGGUUGACUUGAUGUCUGAUGACCAGCCCUCAGAGGCCAGACUGGCAGUACUGCAGUUAAUGAAAGCUAUUAUUCAGGGACAGGGGGAAAGGCUUGGACCAAUGAGAGCGCACUUUUUUCGUGUUAUCAAGGAUUACCCUAUGAACAGUGAUCUACACGAGAGACUAGAAGUCUUCAAAUCACUAACAGAAAAUGGAAAAGACAUCACCUAUUUGGAAGAAGACCUGUCCUUAUUUGUCCUCAAGUGGUUAGAAAUUGGUCUAACCGUGGAGUUUCUAGAAGUACUGGUCAAUCUUGUCAAAUUCAACAGUUGCUACUUGGAUCAGAUCGUGGCCCAGAUCGUCCAUAAGAUCUGUGUUCUCUGUAAUCUGACGACAGUGCCAACAGAUAUAGAGGUCUCCUUGCAAGUCCUUGAUGCAGUUGUCUGCUACAACUCUUUGCCCUCUGAGUCUCUCCCAGGAUUUAUUAUUACACUUUGUCGUACAGUUAACGUUAAGGAAUUCUGUGAAUCUUGUUGGAAGCUGAUGCGCAAAGUCUUGGGAACUCACUUGGGACACAGUGCAAUUUAUACAAUGUGUCGCAUUAUGGAAGAUAAAAUGCACAUGGAUGAUGCGGCUUUGUUGAGAGGUGCAGUAUUCUUUGUUGGAAUGGCUCUCUGGGGUGCACAUCGUCUCAUUACCCUGAAGAGUACCCCAACAUCUGUUUUACCCUCUUUUUAUAAGGCUAUGACAAGUGCCAAUGCUGUAGUGUCCUAUGAAAUUGUUCUGUCCAUCACUCGAUUGAUUAAAAAGUAUGGAAAAGAAUUACAGGUGGUUACUUGGGAACAACUUAUGGACAUUAUUGAGAGAUUACUUCAGCAAAUUGAGACACUGGGUAGUAACGAGCUGUUUACUAUUGUACAUGAGCUGCUAACCACAAUAGAAGAGUUGUAUGAACAGAAAGAUUAUCACGGUCCUCAGGAGCGAUUAUUUGCACUGAUUGAAAAGUGUUCCAAUAAAAGACCGGAGAUGUCAGUUCUUACACUAGUGUCGUACCGGGCUCAGUCUAUUCACCCUGCCAAGCACUGCUGGAUUCAGAAUCUGCAGAAACUAAUGGAUAAGUUCUUCAGGAACGAAAAUCGAAGUGCCAUCCGCAAGAAAGCACUUGAUGUCUUGUUAUUUAUUUUGAGCAUUAAUCGACAAUUGUAUGAGGAGGAGCUAAUUGAAGCUGUGGUGAUCCCUCAGCUGGGGCACAUUGCAGAGGACAAGGACCACAUGGUACGGAGAUUGGCCACGCAGCUGCUAGUAGACCUAGCAGUGGACUGCAACACUCCUCAAUUUAACAGUCUCUUGGACAUUAUAGAAAAGGUUAUCAGUCGGCCACUCAUUGAUCCAUCUGUUGUGGAAGCAGUGGAAAGCAACUUUUCACAUGAUUCUCCUCUGGAGGACAUAAAGACUGCUGUCUUGGGUCUUCUAGAAAUUCUGCAGACCAAGUUGUACAGUUUGCCUGCCAGCCAUGCGUGUCGAGUUUAUGAACUUCUGAUAAGCCACAUACAAUCACAUUACCAGCAAAUGUACACAUCUGCUAUUGCCAGCAGUAUUCGCCUACAGGUAUUCAAUUUUUUCCUGCAUCUUCGAGCAGACUCUCUCUUUCGCAUUGGAGUGCCAAACAAGGACAAAAUUGUGAGGUUCAGCCCCUAUUGUCUCUGUGGAAGCAGUGAUUCUGAGAAGAAAGGGCAAGGUACGGUUUCUCCACCAGCAGGAAGUCCAGCCACAGCUCAGAGUACCACCGUUCGGCUGGGCUAUUUACCCUUCUCACUGGCUUUUAAUGCAAUUCUCCAGUGUCUUGAGCAUGAGACAGACUGGAAAGUGCUGAAACUGGUAUUGGAUAAGCUACCAGAAUUGCUCAAGUACAAAGGAUUGAUUCUGACUUCUCCAUGCAGCAUUGACCAACUCUGCUCUGCUCUCUGUACCAUGGUCACGGACCGUCAGUUGGCAGAACGACUGCGGAAUACGCCCGAGGGUUUCUCUCGCACAGACGUACAAUUGGUGGUGGUUCCCGUGCUGACGGUCAUCACCUCCUACCAUGUUUACUUGGACCAGACCAAACAGCGUGAGUUUGUUCACUGCCUCGACACUGGGCUGAUCUAUCGUUGUGCCAAGCAGUGUGUGGUGACGUUGACCAUGUGUAUCAUUGAGAUGCCAGAUAUCAUGGUUAAACUGCUUCCAGGCAUCAUUCUCAAACUGACGCACAUCUCUGCCACACUCACCAUGGCCAUUCCCAUGCUGGAGUUCUUAUCAACCUUGGUGAGACUUCCUCCUCUCUAUGCCAACUUUGUGGCAGAACAGUAUGUCAGUGUUUUUGCUAUCUCGUUACCUUACACUAACCCUUUCAAAUUCAACCAAUAUAUAGUGUCCCUAGCACACCACGUCAUAGCCAUGUGGUUCAUCCGAUGCCGGCUUGUGUUCAGGAAAGACUUCGUGCGGUACAUUACAAAAGGUCUCAGAUCAAAUGCCUUGCUACCAUUUGAGGAUACGCACGAACCUAGCAACUUUCGAGCUCGUAGCACGAGUUUAAAUGAAAGACCUUUCAAAGGUAGCUUGCGAGCCACAAAGCCCCUAAAGCCAGGCUUGAAUAGUUCCCAAAUUAAAGAUAUGAAAGACCUGUCGGCAGUCGAGGCCUUCCGGUCCCGCAGCAUCAGUGUUUCAGAACAUGCAGUCCGAAGAAUGCAAACCUCUGUUACGAGUUCUAGUUUGGGAUCAGCAGAUGAGAGUUCAAUCGCAGAAGCAGAAGAUAGUCUGAAGACAGUCCAUCUUGAACUUACCGAAACGUGCUUGGAUAUGAUGGCACGAUAUGUUUUCUCUAACUUCUCUGCUCUGCCCAAGAGGUCCCCUGUAGCAGAGUUUCUCCUUGGUGCAGGAAGGAGUAACACAUGGCUAGUUGGAAACAAGCUGGUCACAGUAACCACCAGCAGUGGCAUGGGAACAAGAGCGCUAAUGGGUUUGGAUUCCUUGGAGCAGAAGAGCACUGAAGAAGCUUCCAGGGUGGAUUCAUCUCUGCACGUGAAGACCACCCAAGAAGCACCUGCCAAGCUGGAGUCUCAAACCAGCCAGCAGAUCGGAAAGGCAGCUCGCCUGCGAGUGAGAUCCAUAUCAGGUGGUCACGCUCUUCAUAGUGAUUCAGCUCAGAGCUUAAGUCCCCUGGUGUCGCCCUCGGACAGCGAGAUCUGUGCUCCCUCUGUGACUCCCGCUCCAAAAGGACUGGAAAACCGCAAAGCAUUGCAUCGAGAUGCACCCCCCUCUGGUGACCAGCCACUCUCCCAGAAGGAAAAAGCCAAUCUGGCUGAAUAUGCGUCAGUCCUGACUCAAGGAUGGGCAGAAAUAUACAUCCGUCGCCCCUCGGGUAAUGCAAGCUGGCUUCUGUGUCUGGAGAACCCACCAAGUCCAUUUUCUUCUGAAAUAAACAACAUCCCCUUGCAGGAGUUGUCCACUAUGCUGAUGGCUGUAGAGAGAGUGACCGAUCCACACCAGCAAGCACCUGGUCGAUCAGAAUCCAUGCCGUGCCACAGCCUAACAGCUAAACCACCUUUGCUUCAGCGUUCAACACAGGUAAUGGCUUCUUUCUCUUCUAUGUGCCAGACAAGCUGUCGAGAAAAGUUGCACAGGAGCAUUUCCUGGGCAGAUUCAGUUGCAGUAGCGGAGGAAGGUGAUGGACUGGGAAUGCACUUGAAGGCCUGUGAUUCUCCUGUGGAGUCUCAUGAACUUGACUUUGAGGCAAUGGUUUCAGAGCCGCUAUUCAUGCCUGCAGAGAGCCAGGACACAAUUCCAGCGUCGUACAGCAGAUCAUCGUCUACAUCCAGUCAAGAGGAAGAAAAGACUCCCCAACCAGAAGACAGUGGGAUAAUUGGCAUUCCAACUGAAAGGGUGGUGCCAUCUUCUUUGGCCAUUGAUCCGUUGGAGGAAGAAUUUGAUUUCAACCACGGUCAGACUCUCAAUAAGUCCAGCUCCUCUCCGGAGCUUCAGAACCUCCAAGAAAUGACUGAAGUAAACGGGAAAGAGGGACUCAUUGGGAAACCUGCAACUGAAGUGAAGCCCAGGAGUCACGCCGAAAGCAUUGAAGAGGAAUGUUCUUCAAAUGGCAAACUGGAAACCAGUGAUAGUAGCAAGCAGGAGUCUCUGCCUCCAACAGAAAGGAAGGAACCACCUCUUUCCCCAAACCGCUAUCGACCCAGGGGCCAUACCAUUUCUGAUUCUGCCCCAUCAAGGAGGGGACGGAGAUCGCAGCGGGAUGGGGCUCAGAGUCGAUCAGCGGCCACAAAUGCGGAGAAGAUCAGUGGGAUAAGCCCAAGUUUCGUGUUUCUUCAGCUCUAUCAUUCGCCUUUCUUUGGUAGUGAGUCAAACAAGCCCCUGCUAGUUCCCAAGAACGAGAUCACAGAACGAGCCAUUAAAGUUCUUGAUCAGAUGCCACCUUAUGAUACACACAAAAUUGGAGUUGUGUAUGUUGGGGAAGGACAGACUAAUAAUGAAGUUGAAAUUCUGUCCAAUGCAUAUGGAUCGUCCAGGUAUGCACAGUUCCUGACUGGCCUUGGUAAAUUGAUUUAUCUCCAAGACUGCAACCCGGAACAAAUUUUCCUUGGUGGCCUUGACACAUAUGGUGACGAUGGGCAGUUUACAUAUUGUUGGCAUGAUGACAUCAUGCAAGCAAUCUUUCACAUUGCGACCCUGAUGCCAAACAAAGAAUCAGAUCGAGCCUGUUGUAACAAGAAACGGCACAUAGGCAACGACUAUGUGGUGGUUAUCUACAAGGACACAGAAGAAGAAUACAAACUGGGAACAAUAAAGGGUCAGUUUAACUUUGUGGAAAUAAUUAUUAAACCUCUAGACUUCGAAAGCAACUUGGUAACCUUGCAAGCACGUAAAGACAUGGAGGGACUGGUUGACACAAGUGUGGCUAGGAUUGUGUCGGACAAGAAUCUCCCUCUGUUGGUGCGUCAGAUGGCGUUACAUGCAAACAUGGCUUCACUUGUACACCACAAAAGUGCAGUUCCUUCAGAGGCAUAUGCAAGCAAGUGGCUAGCGAGACUACGGCAGAUCAAACGGAUUCGAUCCAAGGUGUGUGAAGAUCUGCAGUAUCGCCAGAGCACUGGAAUCUCUCUGAUACAAAUGCACGCCGCCGGCCAGAGUAAGAGCUCUCACCACCAUCACCACCACCACCACCACCACCACCAGCCACAGCAGCAGCACCUUCCUCACCACCAUUACCUCCCCCAGCACGCGUCACAACCGCAGUCUGCCAGCACAGAAACGGGCCAGAGGAAGAGGUUGAUGUCCACCGUGGAUGACUUCACAGACUUUGUCUAAAGCGGUCCCUCGCAUGUUCUCGCGCCCCGUCGAAAGUGUGCAAUACCUACGCCAUACUGUGAUGAAAGCCAGACGGUGUGUAGUUUGCUGUGGGAUGGGAUUGGAUUUGCGCUGCACUGUUUGUGAAGAAGGAAUGCUGCUUCUCCUGACCUCUCCAAGGAGUGCCCUGGUUUGACGCCAGGCCACUAGAAGAUACAGAUGAACAAGCAGAGGCUGCAGUUGAUUAUGGAUCCAGCCACCCCCUCCUCUUGCACUGCUCCAAGAUGACACUGAUGGACCUGACAUAUUGAACAAAUGACCACUUCACUGCUCUCAUGUGGAAGGGUACCUUGAGAUAUCAGUAAUGUUGCUCACUCUUGGGAUACGGGUGGUUGGAGCAACCUUCCCAGGUGGAUGUGAAUUGGCUGAUGAAAGUAAGUGGGGAUGGGGCACAAGUGGCAUUCUGAUCCAGUAAUAACUAUUUUUGUGCAAUUACCUUGUAAAGAAAGGUGUGUUGUCAAUCUUCACACACUUUUAAACACAGGUGUCAGUGUUGAAACGAUGUAAUUAUGUCUCCCUUAAAAGUGAAUAAAUUUCAUUU